ACUAGGAGUUAUUCUUUGAUAAGCCGCCGUCGACCUUUAUCCAAACCUAACGAAAUAGUAUCGGACGCAGAUGAACUUGAACGAUCUAGAAAAAUUAGGUCAACUACCCCUAACAGUCGCGAGAUCACUAGUGAUCAAGGAACAGAUAAAGUCAGACAGUUUAGAAGACAGAGAGUUAGAGUUAGACCUGCGCAAAGUGAUGAUUCUGAGCCUGCGGCGGCGUCUCAGGUACCAAGAGGACAAUUUAGACCCCAAAUAAGCCCAGAUGAAGUGCUAUCUUUGACGCCAAUUGAUCUAGAUACGCCACAGUUUGUUCAAAGGCAAUCCUUCAAUCCGAGGAAUGACAGACGUUUCCGAUCAAGAACCACAAUCGCUGCAGAUAAAGUAGAAGAUAGCGACGUCUCUGCGGCAACUGUGGACGUAAGACGACCAAGCUUUCCUUCAAGAGGACGAAGCCGCUUUUCGCCUAGUUCAACUACCGCGCUCAAUGAAGCUGAACUUGUAACAACAGAAACUCCAAAUGUUCAAAGACAACCAGCAGUUGCAAGGUUUUCACCUCGCCCAUUUGCUAGAAAACUUCCUUCAUCUUCAACCACAACGGAGCCUGAAGAGCCUGAGAUUAGUGAAGAAAAAAAUGUAGGUACGCAACGAAUUCCACCCCGUCUACCUUUUGGUAUAAAUAGAGCCACAUCAUCACCACUUGUUCAAGCUAGGAAAUUGCCUUUUAUUUCUAGAUCUCACACAACAACUGAGCUUCCUGUUUCAAAGGCUAUUGACGACGAGGAUCUUGAAAAUAAACAUGACAUUUCCCUGUCAGAAAGUGCUAUUGAGGAACAAGCACACGAAGAUGAUAAUGAAACUACACAAGAGCCAAUUAAGCGACGUCGGAUAAUAAAGAAAAUAAGAGCACCUUCGCAACAGGAUGGUUCAACAGCAGAAUCACCAGUGGUAACUGAGAUGUUGCCUAUUGAAGAAUCAGGCAAAAGGAAAUUCAAAGUUAUAAGACGCCGACCAACAUCUACUACGGAAGCUGGGGAUUCUAGUCAUAACGUUUUACUAACUUCGACAACUGUAGCUCCAAGAAAACGUAUAAUCAUUCGUAAAAAAAUAAGACCAACUGAAAAUGAACCAGAAAUUGUAGCAAAAUCUGUUGGUUUUGUAAAAGCUGCACAAAAAGAUAUUACUACAGAGGCCAUAGUCAAUUAUGGUGAAAAAACAAGACCAACCAUAUUGGUAUCUUCAGUUACACAAUCUUCUCAUGAUGAAGAAGACAACGAAGAUGAUAUUGUCCCAGAAAUUUUACGUGUUGAAACUGAUAAUGAUAGUGAUUCCAACAAAGAAAAUUCUGAUGAAGAACCAGUAAACAAAAACAUAGUCAAAGAAUCAGAAAGUCAUUCUGGUAAUAGGGAGGAGGAAGUAAAAUCUGAUAGUAGUUCUAAAGAGACUCAACCAGCGACCGUUUCUAAUACUGAAUCUCAACGGGAAAUUACUAAAGAAGAAGAUACUACUGAAAUAAAAGAACACACUGAUAGUGAAACAGAUAGGAAACCGGAAGUUAUCAUAGAGGAUGAACAAAAAUCUGUAGUUAUUUCGGAAACCGAAACAACACCUACUUUACCAACAUCAGUCACCGAAGAGUCUCAACCAGAAACUACUACCAGUACAACUACUCCAGCACCGCCAUCUUCUUCUCGUACGAGAUUGCCUUAUAGGCCAUCCAGAAAAUUAUUUACAUCUUCGACAGAACCACCUGUUCCAUCAAGUAGUCGAACAUUUAGUCGGAAAUAUAAUCCCGGUGCCUAUACUAGCCCAGCAACUAUAGAGAGAGAAUCAUUUAGACCAUCAACUACAAGAAGGCCCUUAUUUACUCCUAGGACAACUUCUAGAACAAGACGACCAUAUACCACUGCAAGGACCACACCUAAAGUAGAAGACGAAGAAGAAGAAUAUCCCGAUGAAGAAGUACUAGAUGAAGAGCCUGAAAAUUCAUUAGUGUUCGUACCUGCUGGUCAAUUAUUCAGUAGGAAUCCAAGUCAAAAAGAAGAAGAAAGUGAAGAAGAAUAUAAUUCUGAAGAAGAGGAAACUAAAGAAGAGUCACUUAGUAAUAGGUUUACAUCAACUUCUAUAAAGCCCGGCUUUAAACCAAGAGUUGUAAAUUCAAAUACAUUUAGAUCAUCGUCUACAACUGAACCAACCAAAAAAUCGGUAAAUAGCUCCCAGAACCGAACAGCUGUGUACACUAGAUUUGGACCUAAUAAACCUGUCGAUACCACGAAACGAGUUCAAAACGUUCCCGUAGGUUACAAUUCACCCGUUUCUACCACAUCAAAAACGAAAUUAUCCGUGGAAACUAAGCAAACAAGUACCACGGCAAAGGAAGAAUUGAGCACUACUGUUUCAAAUGUUGGAACUGAAAUAACAACUGUUGAUGAUGACUAUUUGUCGAUAACUGAACCAAGUAAUCUUACUACUGAAAAUGCAAAUGAUGCCACUGCAACAAACAGUGUGGAAAAUGAAACUACUACUAAUUUCGCUACCAAUGCAGAUACAGAUGAUUAUUUAGAGUUCACAACUUACUAUCCGACUACACAAGUUGGUUCCACGAAUACAGAAUCGGAAUCAGAUAAUCAAAUUAUAUAUGCUCGUGGUCCCGUGAAUACUGAGGCAAAUAUAGAAAUAACAACGGAAAUUUUAACUGAUACAACAACAACUACUACAACUCAAACACCACCUGUCAUUAAAACACAAUUUGAUAAACUUUUCUCAGUUAGUAGAAGUGUCGAAGUAAACUCUAAACUAGAUAAACAUCGCUUGAACAAAAAUAACGAAACUACGCUUAUUGAAGAGGGAAAGAUCAUGGUAGAAAAGAAACCUGUGGUUAAUAAAAUUGGUGAAGUCAGUAGAUUUAGUUUCAUCAAAAUCGUUGAGGAUGAAAUACCUAUUUAUCUGACUAAACUUGGACACAUUUAUCCAGUUGAACAUCUACCUGAUAAUAAUAUUCGAAUUGACGAAGCCCGAAAUGCUAGAGCUCUGCAAAACUUUGCUGAUGCUCCGCGAGAAAAUUUACUGGCCUCUGAAAGUAUCAAUGAAGCAUAUCGUCAUAUAAAGAAACCUAAUGAGAAUAGCGAAAUUAAAGAUCGUAUUGAGCAUGUACCAGGUGACGAUUUUUUGAGUUACGUGAAUGACGAUAAAAAAACCGAUAAACUUGAAGAUGCACCAUUUCCUUCUGAGUGGCAAUUUGUUCCAGCAGCAUUUGAAAAGGAAAAUUCUGACAAUAAAGGAGCAAAAAACUUUGAAAUAAUUACGCCACAUACAUUGCUCACUAACCCUUCUACUUUACCUUUAGAAUCUCUGUUCAAAACUGAGAAUCCUAUUAUGGAGCAAAUAAGCGAUGAGAAACAAAACCAACCAUUUGUCGUUUACUCGUCGUCAUUGCCGAACCAAAAAGAAGAAGGUAACAUUGUAAAAUUACAAGUGAUUAAACCUGAAACGGGUCGCAGUAUAAUAACAUUCGCUAAAGGUCAAGAAUUUGCCGGGGCGCCAGUUAACGAAGAUACAACCGUAAAAUAUCCGGUUAGCAUAUCUGUGCUUCCAAAAUCGUCUGACGCUAUAUCUUCAACUGUUAACAUAGUAUCUACAACGACUACAGAACGAGCUACUAGUCCUGUCAUACAGCUAUUGACAACUGCUCAAACAACAACAUUAUCAACUGAACCACCAACAACUAUAACAACUGAGCCUACGACAACAGAGACAGUCCCAGAGGAGACGACUACUCUAAAACUAUCACCACUGGAUGCUAAAAGAUCAAAAAUUUUCCCUCGUAGACCUAUCAUUAAACCGUUCAAUGCAACACGACCUAUACCUCGUGCCAAUAAUAAGAUAAAUGCAACAGUUUCGCCAAAUUUAAGUCAGAAAGCAAAUAAAACCACAGGGUUUUCUCCAAGCAAGUCUAGAUUCAAUGGCAAUAGAGCUCAGAAUGUUCCAGUCGAUAGCAGGAUAAAGGCUGUUACCAAAACGACUGUUAAGCCAAGAACUUUUACCACAGAAACGUCUAGAUCAACCACAGAGAGGAGGUUAUUCAUUAAGCCAAUCAGGCCAGGAUUCAGGCCAUCUUUUGUGCCACGAAAGAGUAUAACAACCACUCCCGCCUCUGAUACUUAAAGUUACCUUAAAAAUAAAAUUUUAGUUGUGGUUCUCACUGGUUGAACCCAGUAAUUCUGGCCAUAAUAGUACUCAAUGACUGAUCAAAUAUAGGAUUUUAAAUUUUCCUGCGUCCGACUAUUUCCUAUCAUAUUUUUUUAAUGAGAUUUCUAUUAAUUCAUCAAAUAAUAUAAAUGCCUAAUUAUUUGGAAACUUAAAUGACGAAUUAUAUUUGUAUAUCUCAUGUACAUAUUUAUUAUAUAAAUUGUCUCAACAGUUUGAUUUCAGUCAUACUAUAGACAUUCAUAGCUUUAACUUUAAUCUUAAGUUUUAUAGAAGUUUUUUUGUACCAAAAAUGUAUAUUAUAUUAUGUUAGGUCGUUUUGGUAUAGCAGACUUCUAAUUUACAGAUUGUCAUAGGUUGUAUAAGUUUAUUUAAAGGUAAAUAAAACUAAUAUUAAUUGUUACCAUAAUGUACAUAUAUGAAGGAUCGGGCAUUGUAUAAUGUGAACAAGAUAUGAUUUGUAUUGUAACACACGAAAAGAAAUAAAAGGUUUGUAAUAAAGUAUUACCAUAACAUUUUAAAGUUA